CAUAACCCUCUUCUCACAUCAAACCAAUCCCAAUUCCAGAACCCGAAAACAAAACCCACCGGGUCCCCGCCCUCAUGGGUCCGGGCGACCAACCCACCGCCACCCGUCUGCCGCCGCGACGACUCUCCCCGCUCUACAAACACAACUCGUGGUCGCCGGACAUAGUCCGAGACGAGGAAUGGCUCCGGCGAAAGGACCAACACCACCUCCGCCACCGCCUGCAGAACCAGAGCGUCACCGAUGAGGAUAUUGAUGAGCUCAAAGCUUGUAUUGAGCUAGGGUUUGGGUUUGCUGAAUCGGAUGAUCGGCUUUCGAGUACUUUGCCGGCGUUAGGAUUGUAUUACGCCGUUAAUAAACAGUAUCAUGAUACCAUUGUUAAAUCACCGGAUAUGACGUCAUCAUCUGUAUCUGAUUCUGGUUCAUCUUCUUCGUUGGAUAAUACUCACGCUAUAUUAGGCAGUGGGGAUGAUCCACGGAUCAUGAAGACAAGAUUGAGACAAUGGGCACAAGUUGUUGCUUGUUCGUUACGUCAAUCAUCAUCGUCACCGCUAUCAUCAUCCCUGUGAAGCUGAAAACAAGGUUAGGGCAUUCAUGGCUACAUUGCAUGUUUGUAAAUUGACCUUUUUGUGCUAUUUGGGUGUUCUUCACAUUUUAUCGUAUGUAAACUCUAUUGUAUACAUGAUUUGUAUGUUCAUUACACGACUUUAAUGUAAAAAUGUAAUAUAUAUUAGAAAUUUAUGGCUUUAUUUUAUAGUUUUGGGUUCA